AAAUAAAGUAAAGUGAGACUGAAUGGGUAAGCCGGAGAUAAUAUUCUCCACUGCGACCAUGGACAAAAAAUAACCCAAAUUCACAUAGAAAUACAGACGGUCCAAGCAAUCCCAAACCGGAGCAGAACGAACACACUCGAGUGUUCCAUGCAGGCAAAUCUAGAAUGCUGUCCGCAACAACUGGAGGCGCCAGCCAAUCAUCACCAACGAACCCCGAUGGAGCCAAUAAAAUUGAUGGCUUGAAAACGGUUAAGGUGAAAACCGAACCCUUUUCCACUUUAUCGCCAGAGAACGCAAGCAAUCAAAACCAAACCAUGUCAGAUGAAGUGGACGCACCUGCCAAAAACACAAGCAGCGCAAACAACAACAACAACAACAACAGCAGUAAUAAUAACAACAACAGUAGUAAAAACACAACAAAUCCGAAUACAAGCAACGUGAAUGCAUCUGGGACAUCAGAUGUGGGUGUUGGCGGUAGCGGCGGCGGUGUCCCGGUCCCAGCCAGCGCUCUCAGACAGAAUUUAUCAAAUAAUAGCGCCAACUCGCCACCAAACAAUACCGGCGAUCACUCGAAUACGAACAGCAACAGCAGCAACAGCAACAAUUCCGGCAGCCUCUCGCAGAGGGUGAAUUCGGAAGGUGACCUGCACCAGGAGGAUCUGCUAAAAAAAAAGAAGAGCAGCCCAAAGGACGAGGAUUGUGCCAAGCCGAAACAGGCGAGCACGUCUGGAAACUCAGCGCUGGAGAAAGUCAGCGGAAACAAUAGCUCAGGAGGAGUUGGCAACAGCAAUACAAAAGUCGGCGCUACUUCUGCGGCGGCUGCGAAUGCUGUCAAAGAGGAGACAUCUGAUCUGUUGGGCAGCUUAGGGAAUAUGAAGAAGGAAGACAACUUUUCCCCAAGCAUGUCACCAGUUGGAUUUGGAUCCAUUGGUGGUCCCUCUGGUAAUAUUGGCCCGGAUCAAUCCGUUACACCUGUCAAAAUGGAACUGAGCUCUAAUAUCACCGAAAAGCCGUCAUCAAUAAUGGGACUGAGCAGCGACAAUGAUAUCGGUGGAUGCAAUGCACUUGUCAGUUCAUUGGAUGCUGAUCGAAUGAACGAUGCCAAUGCGUCCAGUUCGAAUGUUACCGGCGGGCCAGUCGGUGGCCCAGCUGGGUCCGGGCCUGCGCCUGGGUCUGGGCUUGGAGUAUCGCUUGGCAUUGGCAUCAAUGUGUCGCCUGGUGCAUCAAAUUUCAUGGGCGGCAACAACAGCGUCGGCAAUGCGCUGGGCAACUGUUUGGAUUAUAUGCAACAGCAGAACCACAUAUUUGUGUUCUCCACACAGUUGGCUAAUAAUGGAGCAGAGUCGGUGCUGAGCGGCCAGUUUCAGACGAUAAUUGCCUACCACUGCACGCAGCCGGCGACAAAGAGUUUCCUUGAGGAUUUCUUUAUGAAGAAUCCAAUGAAAAUGAAUAAGCUGCAGCGACAAAACUCUUUGGGCCUGGGUAUUUGCAACAUGCCUGGACCUGGCAGUGGCCAAAGUUGGCUUAACCCAAAUGCGAAUUCCAAUAACAACCUUAAUCCAAAUCCAAAUUCAAAUCCCAAUCUGGCCAAAAUGCUGCAACCGCAGCAAAAACCAGGUGUGGCAGCUGCUGCUGGCCCCAAGUCACAUUUUAACAGUCAAGCAGAUAAUAGUAGCAACAAGCGAAAUGCCUUUGCUGACCCAUCCCCGGCCGAUUCGCUCGUGAAUGACAGCGACCUAAUGUGCUGGGAAACGGCAAACGCCAAUCAGUCUGCCGUCAAUCGGAAUAGUCUUGAUGGCGCGCAAGGGACGGCGGCUGGCGAGUCGCAUGCCAUGAAGCUGAUGGAAGGUAGCGUCGACAGCGUUCUGGGCAAGUGCAACAGUGAUCUGAGCACGGACAACAAUAUAAUAUCAUUGCAAGGUGUCAAAGUGCCGGACGAAAACUUGACACCUCAGCAGCGCCAGCAUCGGGAGGAGCAGCUCGCCAAACUAAAGAAAAUGAAUCAGUUUCUGUUUCCGGAGCAGGAUAGUGGACCCGGCCAGUUAAACAAGUUGCCCAACGACUCGGCAAUGGGCAGCAUCAUGAUGAGCAUGCCGGGCGGAGGCGCUACGAAUGCCCAAAUGCGACAAAUGCAGCUACAAAUGCAGGCGGCACAGAAAUCACAGGAUCACAUGCCCGUACAGCUGGGCGAGGAUGUGCUGAUGCCGCUGCCUGCUGAUGUUAUUGGUGAAAUCGGAGCCGUAAUGUCGUGCAAUAGUGGCCCAAAAAGCAAUCUGUCGUGUGGCCCACAAACAACUGCAGCUACAGCAGCUGCCGCUUCCGGAGGACCUGGAGGAGGUGGUGGUAUGAACGUCAAUAUGAAUGUUGGAAUGCAGUGCUCAAAUAAUCCCAACCUGAUGGCCGAUUCGCCUGAAAUGAUGGGCGGAUUUGGCAACACAAACUGCGUUAUGGCCAUAGGGGUUGGGGCUGGAGCAGGCGAUAAGGGUGGAAUCGGUAGCCAAGAGACAAUGCCAAUGCCACAAGGCGGUAUGGCACCGAUGGAAUGGACAAAGAUACAACAACAGUUUUUCGAGGAACGAUUAAAAGUUGGCAAACCGGCUUGCCGGCCUUCCGGCAUGCCUGGCCCAGGUACAGGUGCCGGCGGUCCAGGUGCUCAGCAGCCACUGAUUGCAUCUGGUUCUGGUAGCAAUGCGGGCUCCAUUGUUAACCCAUCAAAUCCGGUAAUGCGUAAUAAUGUUCAAGGUCCUCCGCCGCCCUAUCAUCCCACUCAACGGUCGGCAUCGGUGCCAAUAGCUACGCAAUCACCAAAUCCAUCGAGUCCCAAUAAUCUCUCCCUGCCAUCCCCCCGCACUGCCGGAGCCCUUGGAUUGCCAUCGAAUUCACCUAACAUGGAGCUGCCGACACCAAACUCAUCUGCGGCGAGCGUAUCCACCACUGCAAAUAUGGGUCCCAUAACAACAUCCAAGAACUGUUUUCAAGCAGAUGCCGCCGGAUCGCCUUCAAGUCGACAUCGCGGUGCUGGCGGCAACCCGGCAAACGUGAUGAAUCAUCAUCUAAACAGCAAUCCCAGUACUCCGCUGGCGCACCUCUCGCCCAAGGAACUCGAAUCGUUUAACUCAACAUCAAGUGGCGGUGAUCUGAAGAGCACACGGCCAAGUCCGCAGCGACCUCGCUCGCCUGGCAACGGUAAUGCCAACCCGAACUCUUCGAAUCAUCUUAUCGAAUCCAACAAUAUGGAUUCGCGAUUUCCGGCAACCAGCCCUGGGCUGAACUUUAAUGCGCACCCACAAUUGCAAAAUAAUUCAAACACUGCCAUGAAUGCAUACAAAGGCCCCAAUGGCAAUAAUCCUCUGGAAGUAAAUCGUCAAAAUUGCGUGUCUGGCGGACAACCUGUACAAUUUGCUCGUCGAGCCGAUAAUAUGCCGCUGAAUCCUAACAGCAGCAAUCGACCACCACCGAACAAAAUGGCUCAGAACUUUGAUCCGAUAUCGUCGUUGGCACAGAUGUCGCAGCAGCUGACCAGCUGUGUAUCUGGCGUGGGAAGUCCCGCCGGCGGGAUGAAUAUGAUGGGUCCGGGCCCGGUUGAUAUGAACAUGGAGCAUGGCGGCGGCAUGGUGCCCGGUUUGGAUGCGACGAGUAUGGAUCACAUGAGCCAUGGUGCUGGAAGCAAUGCGCCCAACAAUUGCCAUCCCAUAAAUCCGUUGAUAAAUUCAAUGGGGCAGCGCAUGCUUAAUCCCAAGAUGGCUGGCUUGGGGCCAGGGUUCAGUCCAGGACCCAACGGUGUGGUACGUGAUGGAUCGGGUCCAGUGGGUCCUGGGCCGGGUUAUCAUGGCAUAUUACCGCCAGGCGCUCGUAUGAUGGGUCGGAUGCCCGUUAAUUUUGGGCCCAACUUUAAUCCAAAUAUACAAGUAAAGGCCAGCACCCCGAACACAAUACAGUAUAUGCCAGUCCGGCCGCAAAACAACACCAACAAUAGCAAUAAUAAUGGCAAUGUGCGCAUGGCACCCAGCUUGGAGUUCUUGCAGCGCUAUGCCAAUCCACAAAUGGCUAACAGCGUCGGCGGGCACACGAUGGGAAAUGAUGGCAGCAGCGGACCUAUGAUGAUUGGAGCCGGGCCCAUGAAUAUAAACUCGCCCAGCGAGCAGCAGCAGCAACAACAAAACAAAAUGGGCAACAAUCACGGCGGCAACGGAAUCAACAUGAACUUUUUCCAGAACUGUAACCAACUAACUGGCCUCGACGAUGAAGGUGCGUUAGGAGUGGGUAUGCCAGGCCAUGACAUGAGCAUUGGUCAAACGCCCAUGAUUCGUGGCAUGAGGCCCCACGGCAUGCGGCAGCAUGGUGGAUUGGGCGUCCGUUUGCAGGCGCCUGGUGGCAAUAUUGUCAAUCGACACCAGGGCCAGUUUCCUGGCGCUUCGGAUGGCCUGGACUGCAACGAUCCAUCGGUGAUGUUCAACAAUGGCCCAGGCUCGUGUAAUAGUUCGCCAGCAUUGUUUGCAGCAGCACAAGGGCAACCGAAGGGACAGCACAUAAAGCCUCUACCGGGCAACAUGUGUCAAUCUCAAGUUGUCCCAAACGUGGGCAUGCAAGGCCCUGCGCCGGUUCAGGUACAGGGUCAAGGUCAUCCUGGAAUGAGUGGGCCCAAUAGCAGCAACCUUAUGUCGUCUGUUGGCAACGGCGGCAGCUCCGGCGGUGGAAUAGGAGUCAACUUUGUUGGUCCCUCGUCGAACGAUCUAAAGUAUGCCCAGCAAUACCACAGCUUUCAACAACAACUGUACGCAACGAACACAAGGAGCCAGCAGCAGCAGCAACAGCAGCAAGGUAGUGGCAACAUGAUCGCCAUGCCGCCAAAUCUGUCUCCUAAUCCGGCAUUUUUUGUGAACAAGUAGGCGAUUCAAGCCCAAGGCCCACUGAUUUAACUAAUUUGCAGGCCAGUCGGCGAUUAUUGAACUAUGUUACGUAAAAGCUAGUCUCCGCUGAUCUGAACGGAUCGAGAGCAUUAGGCUUUCUUCUAAUAGAAUUCGUUAGCUUAUCGUAAAUAUUUUAGCUAAGCAAAGGCCAAGAUCGAAAGGAAAUUUCAAUUUCCUUGUUCUCUGUUCAUUCGAUGGCAAACUAUCAGAUGAAAUCAAAUCACUAAAAAGGAUUUUGCUAGGCAUACAUCACACGAGUGAAAGGAGAUAACGCUGAUUGGGGAUUUGGGGCGACUAUGUAUAUGUAUAAUUAAUUGAGAAUACCCAACUCUGCAGCUCUAAAUACUUAUUGUAACCUGUACGCUACACUCUGUAUUAAACGCAAUUAAGCAAUUGUAUGUAAUAUAAUUAUUAAAUAUACUACUUAUAUUAUUAUAUCAAUGUUAAGAGAACUAAGGUACACGCAUGUAAAUUCUUCCAUUAAACAUGUGAACACAAAUACAACAUCGACAUCAAA